UGGGAGCAUGUGCGUGUUGUAAAGCAGGAGAGGAGUGUUGUGGAGAGGAGUGUUGUGGAGAGGAGUGUUGUGGAGAGUUGUAGUCACCUCCCAGUGUGUGUGUGUUUACCUGCCCGCUGGCGAAUCACUUCUACAAAAUCUCUCACUAUGGAUGCUCCUUCACUCAAGGAACAAGGCUACGUGCCAAAGCGGUACCUGGUGGCAGUGAUGGCCUUCCUGGGUAUGGCGUUCAACUACAUGCUGAGGGUGAACAUCAACCUCACUAUCCAGGCCAUGGUGGCCACCACCAACACCACUACCAGCCCCGCGCAGGACGUCUGCAACUUUCAAGACGAACACCAAAAUUCGCACGAUUACGCCGGGGAGUUUACGUGGGACGAAUGGACGCAGAGCCUCAUCACUGGCUCCUUCUUCUGGGGAUAUAUCUGGACCCAGAUCCCAGGAGGACGGCUGGCCGAGGUGGUGGGCGCCCGGCGGGUCUUCGGCGGAGCACUUGUCAUAGCCUCAGUCAUCACGGUAUUCAUACCCCUGGCAGCCAAGUCCAGCCCCACCAGCCUCAUCAUCGUCAGGGUCCUGCUGGGACUCGCAGAGGGGCCGACUUUUCCCUCCACCCACGCCCUGCUGUCCUCCUGGGCCCCGCCUCUGGAGCGCUCCACACUUUCAACAAUCAUCUAUGCCGGGUCGCAGGCGGGCACCAUCGUGGCCUUUCCGCUCUCUGCGGCCAUCAUCGACUGGGUGGGGUGGGAGGCGGUGUUCUACAUCCAGGCGGGCGCCACGCUGGUCUGGUGCGGCGCCUGGUUCCUCGUCGUCUCCGACACCCCCGACACUGACACCAACAUCACCAAGGCUGAGAAGGACUACAUCUCCCUCAGUCUGGGGGACAGUAAGGAUAAGAAGGUACCGCCAAUGCCCUGGAGACACGCCCUGACCUCCGUCCCGUUCUGGACCAUCCUGGUGGCGGGCCUGGGCAACAACUGGGGCUUCUACACCCUGCUCACAGACCUCCCCCUCUACAUGAAGACCAUGCUCAACCAGGACAUUAAGUCGGACGCGGUGUUGAGCGGGCUGCCGUACCUGGGCAUGUGGAUAUUCAGCUUGAUAGUGAGCCUGGCGGGCGACUCCCUCAGGCGGACCGGGACCCUCUCCACCCAGAGUGUCAGGAAGCUGGCAAACACAAUUGGCCACGUAGGUCCAGCAGUGUGUCUGCUGAGCCUGAGUCUGGUAGAGUGUAAUCGACCAGCGACGAUCGCUCUGCUCUUCACUGCUGUCAGUCUGCAGGGCGGCAUAUACACGGGCUUCAUGGUCAACCACGUCGACAUCGCUCCCAACUUCGCCGGCACGCUCUUCGGCAUCACCAACGCCGCCGCCACCAUCCCUGGCUGGUUGGCGCCCAUGACCGUGGGCGCCCUUACCAACAACCAGCAAACGUUUGGGCAGUGGAGAAAAGUGUUCUACAUUGCGGCAAGCCUAUUCAUAGCGGACGCUCUUAUCUUCGUGCUCUUCGCGUCGGGAAAGGAGCAAAAGUGGAACAAGGUGGCAUGUGUCACUAUGGAUGUCGAAGACUCCUUUGAUGCCUCCAUUGCUUCUCCUGCUGCAGGAAAGAAUCCUUCGGUCAAAAUGCCUGCUGCAGGAAAGAAUCCUUCGGUCAAAAUGCCUGCUGCAGGAAAGAAUCCUUCGGUCAAAAUGUCGCAGGAGUCUGACAACGGCAGCUUAAGAUCAAAAGCCUAUGACAGUUACGUGUUGAACAGUAACUUCCAUAACAGCGCCUUCCAGCCAGACUAACAGACAACAUCAUGCCAAACGUAUUUCCUAGAGCUGUAUUAAGAUUGCCUUGAUGGUGAGAGAUAUACGCACUCAUCCACACCCCCCUCCCACACCACGCGCACACCCACCCACACACGCCCACACACACGCACCCACCCACACACACGCACCCACCCACACACGCGUUCACCCCAUACAC